GUUUGACGAAAUACCACGAUUAGUUAGAGCUACAAGUUGUAAUUUACCUGCAUAAUCCCGUAUCUUAGUUAGUUACUACUUUUCUUGCACCGUGGGGUAGCAGCUUAUAAGGGCGUGGGUGAUACCCGCUUCAAGUUCACAAUAAGCGGCCUUCCCCUUUCCACCAUAACCAACCAAGGUUCGCUACAUGAGCAGGCUUCAUCCAGCGUUGCUAUAUCUGACAAUAUAUAACCCGACUUUGCAUCCCAGUGAAGAGGUGUCCAAAGACGACGAGGAUGCAGAAGAGCAAGCACAGAUUCUUUUCUACAGUUCACAGGAACGCGCUACUUCGCGUGACAAGAUGCUAAGGCAGGUUGGACUUGCCAAGGCGCUCAUCAAUUUCUCUGAGAUAUUCCAUCCGACUGACUCUUGCCACAAUGUACAUUCUCAAUCGAGAAGGAUGAUAAUGCUCAAUCCCGAACCUGACUUCUGGAUUCACGCAGCGGUAGAGCUUGCAAAGACACCACGGACGCUUCUGCCCAAACCGAAGGAUAAGGGCAAGGGUAACGGGAAAGGAAAGGGAAAAGAGAAAGAGAAAGCAAGCACUUUGCAACCCUCUUAUGACUAUCACGAAGGCUCGUUUCACGAUUAUGCACUUCGCGCGCACCUGCUCCGGGGAUACGAGCAAUUCAAACUUACGCAUGGGUCCUUCACCUCGAUCUUGAAUUCCUUCGGCCAGGAAGCAUUAGAGUUGCAGCUAGAAAGAUUCUUCACUGUAUGGGCGUGGUCAUGGGAUUUAAGCAAGAAUUUUGAGUUGAACGACGACCUUGGCUUGUCGCUUCACCCGUUAUACCCCUCUAUUCUACCUCUACUGGAUACCUUUUCGUCGCAGUUACCAGCUGGACUGGAUGCAUUGUUUCUUUCUCCUCCUCACGUAGUUCCGUCUUCAGGAUACAGACAAUCUAAUUAUCCACCUGCACUCUCGCGACACCUUCUCUCUCUGAUUCCACGCCAUUUACCACAUCAUGAAGCGGAUGGUGGCCCGGAAGCCUCUUCACCCGCUGAAAAGGGAGCGACCGCAAACACGGUAGCCAAAGAAGUCGGCUCUGGCGGUAAUCCCUCGAGUGGGUUCUUGGGCAUGCCUUCUAGUCUCGCCAUGAGCAUGGAUGUUCGGAACUGGAGUUGGCCCGGGGCGUUGACGUUUGGGAAGGGCGCUGAACCAAAAUCGCCAGUGACAGAACGAGAAGGAAUGAAACCUAAUCCCUCCGUGGCCGAAAGUGUGAGCACGGUAGUGGAAGUUGACAGGGGCGCUUUAGGAGAUGCGAUAUCCUCUGCCGAUAUACACUGCCUACUGGAGAAGGCAAAUGAUGGGUCAUCUGUCACAGAUCCUGAUGCUGCACGUGAAGGGUGUUCGGAGAUGGACCACAGCGGAGACACUCCACGACCUUCUCGAGUCCCAUCACCGCUUCCUGCAGAUGACUCAUCUACAUCCCCUCCCGAGCCCGAAAAACCCGAUCGUCACCGUCAAUUGGACUUCGCUUGUACUUUUGUGUUUCUACCUGAAAGUGAUGACCCGUUGGAAACCCGCCGAAGGCAAGUUAUACAUUUAAGAUGUCAAACCUUGGCUGUGGCUCUCAUAGCGGAUGCUGAUAACGUAGAAGACUACGACACACAUGUUAUAUCUGAAGCUACAUCUCAAAUGCUACAUGACAUCGAGAACCUAAUUGCUGCAGAAGCAACGCGGGCUUCUGAGAUCCUACCUUCGGCGACGAAGAUUUUGCAGCCCAAAGAUAACUAUCUCAUUAGUUUCGACCACUUUACGGCGGCCAGUCCUGACUUCGUUGCGAAGUCGGAUUACCUAUACAACGGAAAGCAACUAUUGGAGCAAGGAUUGCACAUCACCGAAGUUUUCUCUCGAGGUCAACAACCACAGCACUGGCAUGUUUCGAAAAGAGACAACACCGGCGAGGAAGAAAGGGAGGUUUUCCUCGAAGUUGCUCGGAAGGAGACGAGCUUAUCUGAUGUCGAUAAUAUCCUCCAAAGGCUUCAGUCAUACUCAUUCUAGCUUGCGUUAAGGAUCUUCUCCGACCUGUAACGCAAGCGCCUCCCUCAGGCUAGCAGCCAUUGUUUUGAGUAUCGUUUAUCCGAUCGACUAUUCGUGGUCAAUUUACGGAUACCUAUAGCCUAGCCAUAGUAAUUAUAUCAUGAAACCCGUUAAUAACGCCCAUUCUGUCCAAUCAAACUCAUAUUUCAGAA